AUGCGUAGCGUCCUUAGUCUGGGGGUUGAUCCGUCCCGCAUUAUUUUCGCUAAUCCGUGUAAGAGUGCAUUGUCACUGGUAUUCGCUCAGAUGUCAGGCGUGAACUUGGCUACAUUUGACAACCUAGAUGAGCUUGACUCAAUCAAGACUUAUCACCCAGAUUGCCGACUUGUUCUUCGGAUAUUCGCCUGCGACGAUGAUGCCCUUUUGAAUCUAAGCCAAAAGUUUGGCGCCCCAGAGGGGUCUCUGCUACGUUUGCUAGAACGAGCUCGCGAACUCGAUCUUAAUGUAACUGGAGUCAGCUUCCACGUCGGCACUGGUGCGUGCAAUGCAGCUCCCUAUGUUAUGGCCAUCCAAAAUGCCAAGGUUGUAUUUGAACAGGCCAAGAGAUUAGGAUAUGAUAUGAAUCUCUUGGAUAUUGGUGGUGGCUUUCAGGAUCACAACUUUGAGCAAAUCGCAUGCCACGUGGCAGUGGCGUUGAAUGAUGGGCUGCCACGGGACAUCCGAAUCAUUGCAGAACCAGGCCGCUAUUAUGUACGCACAGCCUAUACCCUAGUGUGCAAAGUUAUCUCCCGUCGGCGGCAGAUUAGUGACCCGGCGAACUUGGAACCAGACAUGCUGUACCAAAAUGACGGUGUCUACGGGAGCUUCAUGAACGUUUUAAUCGAGAAAGAGAGGUUACAGCCGUCUUUAAUCCCGGGCAGUCGGCACUUACACCAGCACGCCUCAAAGCGCCGAUCAGGGCAGCAUUGCUAUUCGAUUUGGGGCCCGACAUGUGACAGCAUUGACUGUGUCACAAAGCAGACAGUUUUCGACUCUGAGGUCAAUGUGGGCGACUGGCUAAAGUACAGCAAUAUGGGUGGAAUAAUGGUUGUUUAA